AUCAAUGGUGUGAGCCCCAAGGUUCGCAAAGUGCUGCAGCUUCUUCGCCUUCGCCAGAUUUUCAAUGGCGCCUUUGUUAAGCUUAACAAGGCUUCAAUUAACAUGCUGAGGAUUGUGGAACCAUACAUUGCAUGGGGGUACCCAAACCUGAAGUCGGUGAAUGAACUCAUCUACAAGCGAGGUUACGGCAAAAUCAAUAAGAAGCGUAUUGCCUUAACAGAUAACACUCUGAUUGCACGGUCUCUUGGUAAAUAUGGUAUCAUCUGCAUGGAGGAUCUGAUUCAUGAGAUCUAUACUGUUGGGAAACGUUUCAAAGAAGCAAAUAACUUCCUGUGGCCCUUCAAAUUAUCUUCUCCGCGAGGUGGGAUGAAGAAAAAGACCACCCAUUUCGUAGAAGGUGGAGAUGCAGGCAACAGGGAAGACCAGAUCAACAGACUUAUUAGAAGGAUGAACUAAGGUAUCUCUCUGCCAUGAUUAUUUUUGUAAUCUGGUCUCUUAAUAAAACAGUGACUGCUUUCAAGUGGAAA